CUGUGUGUCUGUGUGUCUCACCGUGUCUCUGUGUGUCUCACCGUGUCUGUGUGUGUCUGUGUGUCUCUGUGUGUGUAGCUACUACCGAGGUACGCACGGUGUGAUCGUGGUCUACGACGUCACCAACGCCGAGUCGUUUGUCAACGUGAAGCGUUGGCUCCACGAGAUCGCUCAGAACUGUGACGAUGUCUGCCGUGUGCUGGUGGGUAACAAGGCUGACGAUCCGAGCAGGAGAGUGGUGGAGAGCUCCGAUGCUCGGCGCUUCUCUGAGCAGAUGGGGAUCCAGCUGUUUGAGACGAGUGCCAAAGACAACAUCAACGUGGAGGAGAUGUUCAGCAACGUGACCCAUGCCGUGCUGCGGGCUAAGAAGGAGUCUCUGGCGAGGCAGCAGCAGCAGCAGCUGCAGGGUGACGUCGUGCGGCUGGGUCGCCCCGCCAAGGGCACCAGGAAACGCAAAACGUGCUGCUGAUGACGGCCCACGAUGGAGGGGACAGCCAGGUGGAGGAGGUGGAGUAGGUGGAGGA